UUAUUGAGAAGCAUCAAGUAAACUGCAGAAGAAAUUAAAAAGGAUAUAUAACUGAAAUUCUUAUAGUAAAUAUAAAUACAUCAAAUCAAAAUGAAUGAUUUUAUUGAACAACGACAACAGCUUAGUUGGAGGAAAUUCGGUACCGAUGAAAAUUUAACUGACCAAAUGGAUACUGGAGACGAUUUGACAUGUAUUGAUACGGAUUCUUUAUUUUCUAAAAGAGCUAAAGGAAACAACAGGAACAAAAAGCAGCCAUUUGUUAAAGCUAAAAAGACAAAAUCAAAUAAUGAAGAUUUUAAUGCAGUUAAAAUUGCUAUUGAAAAUAAUGUUAAAAUUGAUGACAAGUUUUAUUCGGAGCAUCUCCAAAAAGUUAAAUAUCGGAAAGGAAUAUCAAAGAGACCUCAAACAGUAAAAGUUGUCAAACGAAAAAUUGAAGAAGACACAUUUGUUCCUUUGUCAAUUGAUAAUUGUUUGAUAAAAGAAUUAGAGCGAUUAUUUGGAUAUGGUAGAUCAGUCUUGAAAGAUGUUUCUGAGCAGCAUACGACCAAUUUGUUCAUUAAAUCAUCAACUGCUAAACAACUUUACAACGAGAUUCUAGAAACAUUUUACAGUCAUCAAGAAGAAGCUAAGAUAAAAGAUAUUGAAAGUGAUCAUAAAUUGACAAUGAAGUUGCGUGAACGAGAAAAACCAAACAAAUAUUCUGAAACAAAUGGAAACAGUCUUGACGAAUGGGAACAAGUUGAAAAACCUUAUACAUUGGCGGAAAAGUUAAACAAAGAAAAACUAAAUCGAAUAUUUUCGAAUGUUGAAAAUGACAUCAUUGAUAAGAUUUUUGAAGUUCAAGGCAGAAAUUUUAAAAAUGCAACGGAAUUAAUUCAAGAUAGUUUAGAGUACACACAAGAACAACGUAUGCGAGUCAAAGAGGAAAUAGAAAAUAGUGCCAAAUUUAAUACAGAAAAUGACAAAGAAAACAACGAAAACAAUGCUUGUCUAAAGAAAGUAAAAGAUCUACAGCAUGAAAUUGGUCGACAUUCAGAGACAUUUACGCAUUGUUUACAGCAAUCACAAGAUCACACAUCUAAAGAGGAGUUCCAUAUUGCUUCAUAUUACACAAGUAUGCUAAAUUUACAUAAGCAAUUGUGUGACGAGAAACGUCAAGAACUGAUGAUUAUAUCAAUGAAUUUAUUAAUUGAUGCAUCGAGCUUAAGUUUAGAUUUACAUUAUUUAACACAAAAAGUAGCAAAGAACCAAUUACACACAUUUUUGGAUGCACACAUAUCAAAGUUGAGAAAAAUUGAGGAUCAAAAUAUUGAACUCGAAAUAAUCACAGGACGAGGCAAUCAUUCCGUCAAUGGUCCAGUUCUUAAAGAUAUGGCAAUUAAGCUGUUGAACGAACGAUUCUUAAUAUUUAUCGAAGGCAAUCCCGGAAUGUUGAUAGUCAAAGUAUUACCAAGUUCAUUUCUUUAUGAAGAAUGCCAAAGAUUAACGAAAUACCAAAACCUGAGUUGUUACUAGCUUUUAGAUUGUAAGAUUGUAAAUUGAAAAAUAAAUAACUUUUUGAUAACUGUUA